AUGGUGCAAAAAUUGUAUAUCAGAGUGAAUAAUUUACGUAAAUUGGGGAAAAUAUGGAUACAAAUUUCCCUGGCCGCGCUGAUUCUGAGUGCGCAUGUGCUUGUUGUGACAUCUCAGCAGCAAUCGCAGCAGCAGCAGCAGCAGCAGCAACAACAACAACCGAAGGAAUUACAACAGCAGCAAUCACCGACCAAUCUGCCAUUGCCGCAGAAACGAGGCGGUAACACAGAUUCCAGCAAGGACCACUGCAAUAAAACAGUCGAUAUCUACGAGGAUGUUGCAUCGCCGGAGGUGACGAAUCUCAACCGCAACAGACCGCUCACGUGCUGGUACCGAUUCCGGAGCUUCCGAGGGGCGCCCCGUGACUGGGUGCUGAGGUUGAAUUUCAAAAAGUUCAAAGUUGGAACGCUGCUCAAUGCGACUCACUGCGAUGGCGGCUAUUUACAGAUAGUGGACGGCAAUGCCAAAACCGAUGUAUCAAACCGGAGAGAGCCAGGACAGUUUUGCGGCGAGUCCGAACAACCGCAACAAUUCAUCAGUGAAACAAGUGCCGUCAAAAUCGUCUUUCAUACCGAUAAUUUUACCGAUCAAACAUAUUUUGCCUUCGACUCUCGAGCGGAACAGCAGAUGGAAGUAUUCAAUCGAUAUGGACCCCACCCGGAGUUAUACCCAAACCGUCGCGGUGAGGUGGUUCAAGGCUCUUACUGUGAACGGGAAUUCCGAGACUGUCGACUGCAGACCUGCUACGUACAAUCGCCGGCCUACCCUGGAAUCUAUCCGCGGGCGCUUAAGUGUCGCUACCGCCUGCACACCCGAUUGCCCUUCAUCAAGCUGUAUAUCCAGAAUGAACAGUUUGCCGUUGACGGUCAGAGGUGCGAGAAUAUCAUGACGUGUCCGAUGAAGGAAAUUGGCUCCGGUUCCGAGCAUUGUCCGUACGACUGGCUGGCAGUUUACGACGGUCGGGACGAACACGCUCCUCCGAUUGGAAAGUUCUGCGGAAUGGGCAAAUUUCCCUUCAGCAUUAUUGGCACAUCGCAGCAUAUGUACGUGGAGUUUGUAUCGUCACCCGCGGGCCCAUUGCUCAAUACGGGAUUCCAUUUCAACGUGGGGAACUGGCCCGGUCACGUGGAAACUGUCGGUACCAAGCACGGUGCCUGUGACUGGCUGCUGGGCUCCGAUGCGUUAAAAGCGACGAGCGCUUCGGAGGGCAUUUUCCUGAGUGUCGCGCACUGGUACCCACCGAACACGUCUUGCAGCUAUCACAUUCACGGCAACGAGGGAGAGAUAGUGCGUCUGUAUUUUCCCAGUUUCCGCAUCAACCGCAUCGAGGCUCCGAUAAUCAAGUUCGAAGAAGACUGCGCUGAGUCGCUCACUAUCUAUGACGCCAACCAUCCGGAUCCGGCCCGAAUCAUCAAAACGUUUUGCGAUACUUUUUCACGUCCGAUGGAAAAAAUCGACUUCGUGAGCACGAGUCGCUCGCUGUAUGUGAAAUUCCUAAGCAAAACCGGCUCGUACAGUGGAAGUUCGCUGUAUUAUUGGGCCCACUAUGACUUUUUCAAUAACACCAAGUAUGGCGAUCCGGUCCAGAAUACUCUCUGUGAUGAAGUGUUUUAUGCCUGGAAGUAUAGCAAAGGAGUGCUGGGCUCGCCGAGAAAUACUCUAAUUUAUAAGCGAGCCUCAGGAAGUGAUGUUCGCUGUCAGUAUAAAUUUGUCACCGAUCGCAGAUUAUUUUCUCGGGUGGUUGUUGAGGUUACCUCGGUUACCUUUAAAGAAGUUCCUUACUCAAUGAACGCCUGCACGCGGUGCCAUGAGGAGCGAGUGGACAAGUUGAUUCUAUGGGAAGAGAAAGACAAGAACCAAAAUCGAUUGGCAUGUUUCUGCGACAAUAUUCCACGCCCAGUGCGAGUUAUAUCGUCAGGGGACCAGAUGAAUUUGGAGUUGAUCAUACAAGGACAACAUGCUACAACGAGUUAUUUCAAAAACCCGCAAACGUUAUUUGAAGCUAACUAUGAAUUCGCUCAUGGUCCUAUUUGUGGCCCAAUAACUCUGGGACCAUCCCCGGAUGGAGAGCUUGUUUUCCCAUACAAAAACUCGUUGGGACUCCAGCUGACGGAAAACCGAAGAGAAAAGUGUAUCUGGGAGUUGAAAGUUGCAGCGCAAAGAGAUUUAUGGUUACAUUUGGACAAAGCUCGAUUUGCAGAGAGAAAUUGUGAACAUGGCCGAAUAGAGGUGUACCUGGCAGGAAGGCUAGAACCAAGGUUUAUUAUUUGUCCAGAAAAUGUAAGUUUGGCAAGAGAUCUUCCCAUUCUUUCUGCUGCCGAAUUAGGAGCUGUGGAGAAUGAGAACGAUCCUUUACCAGUGCUAAUUCAAUACACUGGAGAUAGUGCCAUCGGAAAGAAUGCAUUCAAAUUCGUUUGGACGGAACUAUUCCACUUGCCCAGAAACGCUGACGGAACGUUGGCAACUUCGUCCAUGUUUAAGGAUAGUUGUGAUUUCUACUGCCCCGGUGAUCAGCAUGUAUGCAUUCCCGAAUACUUGCUGUGUAACGGAUACCAAAACUGCCCGAAUGUGUCAGGACUCCGAGUUGUGGAGAGCAAUAUAGAUAAGAACUACGAGUACAUUGAAGAAAAUUAUAUCCGCACUGGAUUGUUCGACAAAGAAUUCCUCCUGAACAUCGAAUAUCUAACCGAUGAAGCACCGGAACUCUGUCGGACCAAGUACAUACCGAACAAUGGGGACUAUCCGGACAUAGUCGAAUGCUUCCAGUUUCCCGUCAUUCAGAUGGUUGUAGCUGGAGUCGUGCUCAGUACACUUAUUAUUCUGGCGUUCACCAUCUACUGCCGAUUGUAUGGACAAAAGUAUUACGACUGA